UUCUAUUUGCCCAGAGCUUUUGUCCAGAAACUCUCUGUCCUGAGACGUGAUUAAAGAAGACAUCCAGCAAGAACUGCACAAGAAACGGAGUCAGCUGGAGAAGGAGGAGUGGUCUUCCGUGGCCUCACAGGAAGGAUGGAGGCCCACAACGUGUCUACCACAUUCAACUUCACCCUGCCACCCAACUUUGGCAAGCGCCCCACAGAUCUGGCACUGAGCAUCAUCCUGGUGUUCAUGUUGUUCUUCAUCAUGCUCUCACUGGGCUGCACCAUGGAGUUCAGUAAGAUCAAGGCUCACUUCUGGAAGCCGAAAGGGCUAGCCAUCGCCCUGGUGGCACAGUAUGGCAUCAUGCCCCUCACAGCCUUUGUGCUGGGCAAGGUCUUCCGGCUGAACAAAAUUGAGGCGCUGGCCAUCCUCGUCUGUGGCUGCUCACCUGGAGGGAACCUGUCCAAUGUCUUCAGUCUGGCCAUGAAGGGGGACAUGAACCUCAGCAUUGUGAUGACCACCUGCUCCACCUUCUGUGCCCUUGGCAUGAUGCCUCUCCUCCUGUACAUCUACUCCAGGGGGAUUUAUGAUGGGGACCUGAAGGACAAGGUGCCCUAUGGAGGCAUCAUGAUAUCACUGAUCCUGGUUCUCAUUCCUUGCACCAUAGGAAUCGUCCUCAAAUCCAAAUGGCCACAAUAUGUGCGAUAUGUUGUCAAGGGAGGGAUGAUCAUCAUUCUCUUGUGCAGUGUGACCGUCAUAGUCCUCUCUGCCAUCAACGUGGGCAAGAGCAUCUUGUUUGCCAUGACACCGCUCUUGGUGACCACCUCCUCCCUGAUGCCUUGUAUUGGUUUUCUGCUGGGUUAUGUUCUCUCUGCUCUCUUCUGCCUCAAUGGACGGUGCAGGCGUACUGUCAGCAUGGAGACUGGAUGCCAAAAUGUCCAACUCUGUUCCACCAUCCUCAAUGUGGCGUUUCCCCCUGAAAUCAUUGGACCACUUUUCUUCUUUCCCCUUCUCUACAUGAUUUUCCAGCUUGGAGAAGGGCUUCUCCUUAUUGCCAUAUUUAGGUGCUAUGAGAAAUUCAAGACUCCCAAGGAUAAAACGAAAAUUAUCUACAUAGCUGCCACAACUGAAGAAACAACUCCAGGAGCUGUGGGAAAUGGCACCUACAAAGGGAAGGAGUGCUCCCCUUGCAGAGCCUAGCCCCUCCCACGGCAGCCUGGAUUCUGGUCCCAAAGCAAAUUCUGAAAGCCAGUCUGGUAAACUAGAGAGCAGCAAAAACUCCAGCCUUGCCUGAGUCUCUCCAGCAUUUCUAGUACAUCUAUCGGAAUCAUCAAGCCUUGGCCGGGAACACAGGGUGUCUACCAAAGAAGCCUCACCUAUCCCCAACUUAGAAUUUGCUACUUGAAGACUUGUUCAGUGACUGUAAACUCUAUGAAACCAGAAACCAAAUCUGCCUCUUGCCGGGAACUCUGUAACAGUGCCUGAUAAGUAUCUUAAGUCACUAAAUUUCUGAACUAACCCAUGUAUGUGUUUUAUCCAUUAUUCAAAUACCCAAAUCCCAUUUCAAGUUUUGUGACCCAAAAGAGAAAUAAAUGCUCAAAAAUACUGUA